AUGCUGGGGAAACCUGCACAUGCCCGGCUCUCACCCAGUUCCAUGGACGAUAUACUCAAGUACAAGGCAUUUAUGCUGCAGGUCGGCCUGGAUCUUGCUUUUUACGGCGUACAGGCUGCAUUGUUCAUACCUGUUGCCUGUGUAUACGCACGCCGGAGGCGAAAGCUGGGACCACCGGUGCUGACAGUCAUGCUCCUGUUUCUGAUGUCCACCCUCUCUGCCGUGCUCGCUGUCGUCUUCCGCCAAACCCAGUUCGCAAUAGAUAGCUCCUCCACGACGUUCCAGCGCCAAGAGCGGGUCGCUCGGACCAUCAGUCUGAGCGUAGUGUUCUCGGUAUUCUACCGCGUGAACUACUUUGCUAGCGAUAUCGUUGUUGUUCACCGCGCUUGGGUACUAUGGCCUAAUAACCGGCUUGCCAAGGGCGUCCUUGCAUCGUAUCUGAGCGCAAGCUUACUGGGCGUCAUCAUUGACUGUAUACUAGUCAUACGGUAUGGCAGGGACAGCGGUCUUGCUCCCCCGGCAGCAGAGACCCUAGCGAAGACCGUCCCUCUGCUCGUAACAAAUCUCGCCACCACAUUCCUCGUUGGAAUCCGAUUUUGGCAGUACCAGCACAAUAUUAGGCGAUAUCUUGGGCCCCUGACGCAGCGGACGAAGGUGGAGAAGGUCCUCGUUCUCUUCAUGGAAUCAGGCUUCGCCUAUUGCCUUGUUUGGAUUGCCGGCCUCGUUAUACAAGUUCUCAACGGAGGGGACGUUACAGUCUCCACGUAUGGUAUCGUCGGACAGGCCUACCACUGCAUCUCUGGCAUAUACCCGACUGCAGUCGUCCUCGCGACCAUCACGCAACGCGAAGAGAUGCACUCGGUGCUCUUCAGCACGCAUUCGCUGAGAUUUGCUUCCAACCUGUCAGAGGAGUUCCAUCCAGAGGCGCCGCAAGUAUUUGACAGCGAUAGUCUUCGGGACGGGUUCCCCCCGCAGCAUCUUGUCGUGACGUAGGCUGGGCUUCCUUCAGUUCAGGCGAUUUUUGGUAGUACAUUGAUAUAUAGAUACCAUACGAAAGCAAUAAUUUACACGAUAUAGAUACGAUCUACAAUGCACCUUCAUCUGAUCCUCAGCUCGUAGACCCGCCGCUCUCGACCUCGGGACAGUCAACGGACGCCGUGUGAAUAUCCCGAACUGACGUCGAGGUCGUACUUUGGAACUCCGCGCCACCGUCAAGGACUUCGCUGCGCGUCAGGUCAUUGUCCAUGCUCAGAGUCGUAGUCGCGCCGGCACCCGUGCCCGUCGUAGACCUCUCAAAACGUAAAGAACGUAUCGGCUCUGACGCCUCCUGCCGCGCGGUGAAUAGCGACUCUUCCGACCGCUGCAUCGCGACAGCGAGGAUGAUGAUGGUCGGAUAGAUGCCC